GGUGCAUACAUGUUAUUUUUUAUUCAAGGAUCUAUUUGAGUUGUUGAAAGGUUUCCCAAAUACUAAUCUAGAUCAAAUUUUUACAGUAUUCACAGCUGUUUUCUCCUUUCUUUUCCAGCAACUCUUACAUCGGUAAGACACUGCAACUUGAAACUGGGGCUUUGAUCCAUGCCAAGCUGAGCUUUUUUUACUCAAGGACCAGUCUUCUGUAGUUGACACUUUUCCUUUAUAUUUGUGGGAAUAUCUGUUGAGUGGGCAAUGACUUCCAGAAGACCAAUGACCCGUUCUUACUCUGGCAAUGGGAGGUCCGGCGGCAGCUACAAUGAGGAGGAGGUCAGCUCUUCGAAUGGCCGCAUGGAGAGCUGCAACUACCUGUCCAAUGUCAGGCCCGAGAACAGGAGUACAUUGUUUGGUGUAAUGGCUCAGCUGACUGAGGACACCCAGCCUGUAUUUGAGACCACCUUAAAAUCCAAGGCCGUGUCAGAGAACUGUAAUGUGAAGUUGACAUGUGUGGUUACAGGAAACCCAGCCCCAGAACUGACGUGGUACAGAGACGACAUGGAGUUGGACCGAUACUGCGGUCUUCCAAAAUAUGAAAUUGGCCGCAAUGGAAAAACUCACACACUCCAAAUUUACAACUGCACAGUGGAUGAUGCAGCCAUCUAUCAGGCUUCAGCCAGGAACAGCAAAGGCAUUGUCUCCUGCUCUGGGGUUCUGGAGGUGGGCACCAUGAGCGAGUUCAAGAUCCACCAGAGGUUCUUUGGCAAGCUGAAAGAGAAGGCAGAGAACAAGAAGAGGGAGUUGGAAGAGAGCAGGAGAAGGGGCAAUGAGAAUGUCCAGAAGGAGCCUCAGGAACAGAAGCCUCUCCAGAACAGCCCGAUCGCCCCUCAGAGGAAGCGCCGGACCCCAAGUGCCCUCUCUUCACCACCUGAUGGGGAGGAGAACACAGUCAGCCAGGGGGCAGUGGCUGUAGAACCUAAUAGGGCCAGUGCUGAAGUCAGUGAACCGGCCAUGGUGACGACUACAGAGAAUGGGAGCAAGACUCCCAACAAUGACUUUGACAAUGUGGAGAUUGUCACCACCAAGCCCUCAACCACAGAAAUCUUUGCCAAAAAGAAGAUAAAGAUCUCAAAUGGUAUAGAUUCUGGGGUUGUCAGCAGUAACAGUAGUCAUACAGGACCGGGCACCAAUGAAAAUGCAUAUGAUGGAGGAAUAAGUUUGGCUCAAUUUCUGUCAGAGACCCUUCAUUCACAGACUGCUGAGGAAAAGAAGAUCCCUGCACGAGUGGAGGAAACUGUGGCAGUGGAGGCAAUGGAUACUACUACUACAGAUCCUAAAACAAAUGCAGAAAAACAUAAAGAAAGAGACGAGAAGGGGAGAGAGAGGUCAGAAAGAGGAACGGCAGAGAGAGAGAGGAUGCUUGGAGAAGAACAGGAAAGAGAGAAAAUGUCAAUUGAGAGAGAUAAACAAAGAGCAAGAGAGGCAGAGCAGUUGCAAAGGAUAACAGGACAUAACAACACUGCCUCAGAGGUCAGAAUGGAGGCUAAGACGCAUGUCUAUAAGGAGGGAGAUCCUCAAGAUUACCACCACAUUCAGGAAACUCUUUCCAAUGUGCUCCACUCAGUCAAAUACUUUUUCUUUGGUAAGAGUAAGAAGGAUCAUGCUUCUUCUGAUCAUCAUGUGAAAGUUCAGGAGAGGGACAGAGGUCAUCCAGUUGCCCCAACACAGCCGUACCCUAGCCCUCCCCAUCCACAGGAGCCAGAUGGUAACCCAGAGGUGUAUAAAACCCCCACAGAGGAGACAGUGCCCAUGGCGGUAGUAGCACCAAAAACUAACGUACCACACAAGCAGCUAGCAUCAUUUGAGAGGUUGAACUCAGCUGAACACAAGCAUGGAUUUACUGUUUCACACUCAGAAGAACCCCCUUCGGCUCUCAGAAGAGCACCAGAGAGUGUGCCUGAUUCACUGGAGCAUGUUGAGCAGAAGGAGAUAUGUCCGGAGGUGAUGAUCAGCAGCAGUACAGAGACAGUGCCCACAUCUGGCCCUCCAGCCCUCAGUGAGGCAACCGUGGACCAGAUCCAGGCAGACCCUGUCCCCCAUGUGGUUGUCUCAGCCCCAAAUGAGCCAAACAUCCAAGUGUUUUCUUCCGGGACUGAUCAGGUGACAAGACAUGAUGCCAAAACUGAAGAUUUACACAAACAGGGUCCAUCUGACACUCCAUGGAGCCCAGACCCCAGCAGUGGAGCAGGUUUCCAUAUGUCAAACCGCACUAGUGUGGGUGAAAGCGGGAGUGCUCUUAACAAUAAUAUCUCACCCACAGUCAACCUCGGCCUGAUGACAGUAACCACAGAAAGUGAGAAAGAGAAGAUAAUGCAUGUGGAUGAGAAGGGCAUUGGAAGUGUCUAUGAGACACAAGAAAAAUGUUAUUGUUCUUUUGAGGAGAAAGGAGAGAAAGGUGAUGUCAAAGUAGAGAAUCAACCAUGUCCCACUUUAAAUGUGAGUGUUUUAGAGGAGAAUAGAGAGAAGAUACAUAACAAGGAGAUCCAUUUCAAAAGUUUGCUCCCAGAGAGUUCAGAGAAUGAUGGUCAAAAUACACCAGAUGAAUGCCCUCCUGUGGCAGGGGGGGACCAUUAUCUCAGCAUAAAAGAGAAUUCUACCUUAGCUUUGGAGGAAAGUCUUGAACGUGCCUUAAAAGUGGAAUAUACUCCUGCUUUGGAGAAAAGUUUUGUGGACAGUUCAUUUGGCAACCUGAAGAUACAAGAACAGGUGGCACCUAUUGUGCAGAAAACGUCUGAGCAAAAGGAUGUGAAUUUAGAGAGAAACGACGUGCCGACCCGCACUAUUGAGAGACAUGUUGAAACAGAAGAAAAGGUGACUGAAAUAAAGGUGGAAGUGCUGGGUGAAUCUAAGAUCCACUCAGAGACCCAGCCUGUGAAAGGCUCUGUCAUUGUGUCCCCUGAGCCACCAGUGUCAGCAUCAGUUACCAGUCCAGAGGCUAAUUCCCCUCAUCUGGGUGGAUACUUUGGAAAUGUACCAGAGAUUAGAAUGGUAGAUUCUGCUCUUAGAAUCCCAGAAAUCAAAAUAAUUGUGCCAGAACAACAGAUAAAAGAAAAGCAAGUGAUUAUACCAAAUAUAGAGAUUAUGGAAGCAGAAGUCAAAGAGCCUACACAGCCAUUGAUACAUAUUACACCAAAUGAACCUACAUCAGAGCCAGACAUUUUCCAAAAGGAUGUUGCAAAUGAUGUGUCAGGCAUAAUGAUAGCAGAAAAUAGCUCAGCUUUUACCCCAGUGGUUAUAGAUGUGACACCCACUCAAGAAAGUAUGUGGAAUGAUGAAAUCAUCCGACCAACAGAGAAAUUGCAGGAAGUUCCACAACCAGUUGAAGAGGCAAAAACACCUACGGCAGAGCAGUCAACUAACAUAAAGAAUGAGUGGCUCACAAAGACGUUAAUUCCUACAAUAAAUGUUUCCUAUACUGAUGACAGUAAACUCAGGAAAACAGAUCAUGAACAUCCACAUGUCAAGCCCUCUGUCUUAGAUAGAGGAAAGCCAAAGGAAGCACCCAGUGUGCCUCUGCGUGUGGUCCCUCCUAUUUCUGAAAGCAAGGAGCUUCCUAAAAAUGAGAAUAAAGAAUCAGAAUCAUUGACGGAUAUGCUCAGGGGGGUCAAGAGUGAUUUUGAAAAUGUUACUUCCUAUGAGUCUGACAAAACCCAUAGUGAUCCACAGAAACAGACGACAGAAACAAAGGAACAGAUUAUGAUAGACAACAUCCCCUCUGUGUCAUAUAAAGCCUUAAUGCCAACAGAAGUAACAACAAUACAAAAAGCUGUGGACAUCGGUUUUACUGAAACUGAAAAAGUAAAACCACUCAAAGAGUCAAGGAUAGAGUCUUACAUCAUUGGCGAUGAACCAAGAGAAAGAAACCCUAUUGAAAGGCUUGCUGUCAAACCCCCAACACCCCCCAGGAGUCCCAGCAGUCUCCGCAGGCUCACGUCAAGGACUCCCCCUGCCAUUACUGUGGAUGACCCUCCUAACAGUGAGAAGGCAGUAUCGGAGCAGAGUGGUGGAGACACCCCAACGUCCUCCCUGUCCUGUGAGAGCAGCCCCAGGUUGAAAAGAAGGGACAGUCUGACCCUCAUCCGCUCUGCCACGCCCGAAGAGCUGGCCUCUGGAGCUCGCCGCAAGAUCUUCAUCCCCAGGGAGGGAGAAGGGGUUGGGGUAGUGGUGGCGCUGGGUGUGGGUGGUAGUCCGCUGGACACCCAGGUCAAGAAGGAGGCUCCAUAUAUGUCACCCAGUCAGGCACGCAGGGCAGCGUUCCUGCAGGCACCAGCAGGCUCACAGACCCCACCGCUGGAGAGACGGUCCCCUCUUCUGAGCCGUAGGAAGGCCACCCUGGAGGUGCCCAAAGUUGUGGAAGAGAUCAGCACUAAGGAGCCAGAGAGCCCCAAGACUGAGGUCAAACCUCCUGAGAAGGAGAAGCAGAACCCCUUCAAAGCUCCUCAGGUUAUCCGUAAGAUCAGGGGAGAGCCUUUCCCAGAUGCCUCAGGACACUUGAAGCUCUGGUGCCAGUUCUUCAACGUGCUCAGUGACUCCACCAUCAAGUGGUACAGGGACGAGGAAGAGAUAGUAGAGGUGAAAAGAAGUGGAGGAGAUGAAAGCCAAGUGGCGUUGGCCAUCGUCCAGACAUCCAGUCGAGAUUGUGGGGUCUAUGGCUGCUCAAUCAAGAACGAAUAUGGGACAGAUUCCACUGACUUCCUUCUCAGCGUAGACCUACUUUCAGAGUACUUCCUGCGGGAGGAUUUAGAAGUUGGAGAAGAGAUGGAAAUGACUCCAAUGCUAUUCACCAAAGGCCUAGCAGACCCAGGCUACUGGGGGGAGAAGUUCUUUGGGCGCAUCAUGACACAGGAGGCCCACCUGGGAGAGGGCUGUGCACACAAGGCCUGCAGGGCGAAGGUUAUCUAUGGCCUAGACCCUGUGUUUGAGUCCGGAACCACCUGUAUCAUUAAAUUACAAAGCCCCAUCGCCUAUGGGACCAAACAGGAGAGCAACCUUGCAGAGAGAAACAUGGAAAUUACUAAGCAAGAGUGCAAAAUCCAAAACACAGUUCGAGAGUAUUGCAAAAUCUUUGCAGCUGAAGCGAGGGUGAUUGAAAACUUUGGCUUUUCACUGGAAGUGAGCCCUCUCUAUCUGGUGUACCGCCCUGCCAACUCUGUCCCUUACGCCACUGUGGAGGCUGACCUGAAGGGCAUCUUCCUUAAGUACUGUAUGAUGGAUGCCAAAGGCAGGCUGAUCACCAGAGCCACCUCAGAGGUGGAAAUGAAAUGCUGCUCCUUCCAGCAUUGGAUACACCAAUGGACAAACAGCAACUUACUGGUUUCUGGGCUGGAGGGUGUUGGACCGAAGAUCACUAAAGUUAGAAUCGUCACGAAAUCAAAGGGGUAUCAAGGCCUUACAGAGGAUGGUUCUCCUAAGGUGUUUGAGCAGUUCCUGACCCAGCAUCAGUGUAACUACUACUGUGGGCUCCUCAGCCUGAGAACCCUGAAGCCCAUGGACACCCUGCAGCAGCCCCCCAAGAUCAAAGGCUCCCGGAGCCCCUUGCUCGUCAGGAAGUUGGGCUCGUCCAGCCCUCAGCUCAACAGGAAGUUGGGCUCAUCCAGCCCCCAACUGCAGAGAAAAGGACUGAACAGCCCCUUGACAACCAGAAAGGCCACCUCCAGCCCAAAGGUGCCUAGAAAGACUAGGGAGACAGAAGACAACCAGUCCACAGCCAAACCCAAGGCGGAGGAGAGUCUCAAAGUUGUGGUAUGAGGUAGCAACGUCCAAAGAGAAUAGAGCAGCUUCCCUUUUCUUUCAUGCCAAUGUUCAGCUUUUUUAUGUUUUCCUGUCACCCAUUGCUGUAUUUAGUUGGGUUGAAGCUAGGACGACCAGCAUGGCCUUGAACAAAAUGUUACAGAGCUUGUGCCUGAAAAGUCUUAAUCCAAGAAGGAGAGACAAACAGGGAGAUGAGUUCAAAUCUAGGGUAUAGGUCACCCUAGUGGAUGUUUAUAUAACAUUACUGUGAAUUUCUCAAUAACCAUCAGUAGUAGUAAGAUACUCCCCAUUCUCCAGCUUAAUGCUGAAAUGGUUUAAGUGAGUGGAGGAGGUACAGUACCUUUAAGAAAACUUCCAGCACUAAGGAAAUGGGACACAGUUCUCUCACACAUCCAGUACAGUCCUCUUCAAAAGAAGAGACUUAUGAAGUGGUUGAAACAAUGGUGCUGGAUACAAAGCCGUGGCCGUAAGCAGAGCCCUAAUAGCUUGAUGCAGAUGCAAGGGUAGUGAAGUGCGGCAACUGCAUUGUACAUCUGGGAUGUAAUAUAUCUUGGUCAUUGAAAUUGUUUUUGUUGAACAGUAAUUGGAUCUUGUUACUGUUGGUUGUAUAGCAUGCUCUACUUGUUUCUAUUAUGGCAGUAUUAUGUCCUUAAACUACGCAUUACAGUCUUCCGAACACUGAGCAAAGACAACACUACUCUUGCCUCUUCACUGAGAAUAUGUUUUUGUGCACUUUUUUUGCCAAUGUUUUCUUGCCUUUUGAAAACUGCCAGGUUUUAGUAGUUCAGUUCAUUUUUGUUGAACUUUGUUCAAAUCCUGUAAUCUGUUCAUUGGAAAUGAACAUGUUCACAUGCUUAAGUCUGAACAGUACAGUACACCGAUCCCCUUAACCUGGUUCUUCAAAGGAACAGUACAGUACACCGAUCCCCUUAACCUGGUUCUUCAAAGGAUUGACUCUUUAACUGAACUUGAGUGUUGAAGAGCAAUAAGGGGAUUACUGAAAUAAACGCUUUAACUUUGGAAUGCACAUGUUUGGUGCCAUUUAAAUGGGUCAACUCACAAAGUGAAAGAAUAAGAACUAUAAUAUCAGAACCACGUAGAAACUGCUUUGGACCUGGCCCAUGAUCACAGUAAAGCAGUAGCUCACCUCCAGCUGACUUUUGUGAUUGAAAAUUAUAUGCAUUCUCAACAUUCACACUUCUGGGGGAGGGGUGGGAUGGGGAUAUUGUCACUAGUUUGAAGCGUACAGUAUGUACGUGAGUGAGUGAGUGAGUGAGUGAGUGAGUGAGUGAGUGAGUGAGUGAGUGAGUGAGUGUGUGUGUGAGUGAGAGCGUGCAAGAGGGAUUAAGAGUGUUUGAUAUGUUGGCAGAAUGCUACUGAAAUGAAUGUCCCUGACACUGUAAUAUCUGGUAUGUUAUGUUGUGAUUUUGUAAAAUAAAAGUGUACAUACAAUUAA